AGGGGGUUCAGUUUUCUUUAUAAUUUGAGUGCGUUGACAUCUUUAAAAAAAAAUUAAAAUGAAAAUAUUUUUACUCUCAGCUAUUUGUGUCAUUCUUGUUGCAGCAUCUCCAAGUAAUCGAAAUCUUCCGCAGUUUGAUGACAAAGUUGAACUUCAAGACCAAAAUAAUGUAAAUGAUGAACAGGAAAUUUCGCCAAUGUUCAAUGCAGCAACUGACACGAGAUUCUUGCUUUUUACUCGAUUUAAUCCAACCAUCGGUCAAGUUGUCAGUGCAUUUGACAUGAGUACAAUUCAGGAAUCAAAUUAUUCUCCUGCAAGACCUACCAGAGUUCUGAUUCAUGGAUGGCAGAGCAAUGCAGAUUCGAAUGUAAACGUGUUGACUACCGCUGGUUAUCUUCGUAAUUACGACGUAAAUGUGAUUGUCGUAGAUUGGUCAAUUGGAGCUAACAACAUCAAUUACAUUGCUUCAAGGAAUCAAGUCAAUAAUGUUGGCGCUGUCAUUGCAGUUUUAUUAGAUAACCUUCAAAGCAAUGGUUUAAUGGCUGACUUUAGUCGAUUGUCUUUAAUUGGUCAUAGCCUUGGAGCUCACAUAGCUGGUGCAGCUGGAAAGCGAGUGUUGAAUGGUCGCAUCAACACAAUCAUUGGACUUGACCCUGCUGGCCCACUUUUCUCAGUUGGGGAUGUUGCAAAUAGACUUGAUGGUAGUGACGCUGCUUAUGUUGAAGCUAUUCACACUGAUAUUGUUCAAUUAGGAAUUGGAGAUCCAAUUGCUGACACAGAUUUUUAUCCAAAUGGUGGCACUGGAAUGCCAGGAUGUUUAACUGCGAUAUGCGAUCAUGACAUGGCCAUUCACUAUUUUGUUGAAUCCUUAAACUCUGACCGUCUUUGGGGACGUCGCUGUGCAAAUUUAAAUGAAAUGACUAGCGAUCGUUGUUCAGGUUUCGGAGCUUCUAUGGGUGGCAAUUAUUUCAGUUCAGCUACAACCAUGAGAUUAAAUGUUAACAUCAUUCCAACCCAAGGCAAUUCAAAUCAAAUCACGUCAAUCGAUUUCGAAUCUUUGGAGAUUGAAGGAAAACUUUUUCGACCACUUUUCAACCCUACAGUUGAUGUGAAAUUUUUACUUUUUACGAGGCGAAAUCCAUUUGUGGGUCAAAGAAUUAUCCUUGGGGACAUCAGAUCAUUAUUUGAAAGUAAUUUCAAUAUCUCCAAUCCGACAAGGUUUUUGAUUCAUGGAUGGGGUUCAGAUUUGAAUUCCUUCUUCAAUAUUGAAGGAACAGAAGCUUAUUUGCGAAACAACGACUUCAAUGUUAUUGUAGUUGAUUGGUCUCGUGGUGCGCAAACAAUAAAUUACGUUCAAGCAAGGAAUCGUGUUGGUCCCGUUGGACGAAUUUUAGCAAAUUUUAUCGAUUUUUUACAUGAUAAUGAAGCGUUGAACUUUGAAGAAUUGACAGUAGUUGGGUUCAGUCUUGGAGCGCAUGUUGCUGGUUUUGCGGGUAAAAAUGUCAACCGUGGAAGAAUAAACACAAUCAUUGGUCUCGAUCCUGCUGGGCCAUUAUUUCCCAUCAGAAAUCCAAGUGAAAGAUUGAAUGCAACCGACGCUGAAUAUGUUGAAAUAAUUCACACAAACAGCAGAAUGACGGGAAUUGGAUUCCCCAUUGGCGAUGCUGAUUUCUAUCCAAAUGGAGGAAUGACACAACCUGGUUGCGUCAGACAUUUCUGUCACCAUGAUCGUGCACCGUUGUUCUUUAUUGAAUCCAUCAACUCAAACAAUUUCUUCGCUCGUGCUUGUUUAAGCUUUUCCAAUAUCGGAAGAGAUUGCAUUGGCGAAGAAGUAACAAUGGGUGGCGAACCCUCAAACAGCAAAAAUAGCGUGCGAGGAAUUUUUUAUCUGACGACAAAUCGUCGGCCGCCUUUCGCUCAAGGACCCAGAGGUAGACAAUCAACAUCCAAUUUACCUUGA